AUGUCGGCAGCAUUUGCAUCGAACAAAAUUUCAUGUGUCAUGGUUCAAAUUACUUUCCUUCUAUUAGGCACGCUUGUUAUUAGCAGUUGGGCAGCACCAUCAGCUGAAGAACGUCAUGAAAUCUAUCUUGACACAUGUCAAAUGAGUUGUGGUUUAGUAAACAAUGAUGAACAAGCACAAGAAUGUCGUGAAAAAUUUUGUCCUAAUUAUGUUACUUAUUUAUUAACAGGUGUUUCUGAUCCAGAUGCAAAACCUAGCCUUGUAUCAACACAUCGUAAAGAAGUAGCAAAUUUUUGUGCUACAUGGAUUCUUCAUUUAAUUGAACAAUUUGGUUGGCAAUAUCGUUUUCAAUUAAAUCAAAAAGAAUGUCUCUGUGCUGCUGGCAAAGAAUGUCUUGUCAAAUAA